AUGCCGCCCUACCCCAUCGAGCUUCAAAAGUGGUGGAUGAGCUCCGGGUACGAUUUUCUAACGAAGUUGUUCGAAAUCGAUCAUUUGAAUUGCAAACAACGAGAUGUUGGAUUCGCCCAAACGGUACAACGCAGACUUCGGGGUUUCGACAACGAUCAAAAUAUUCACGAGCAGCUUCAGGGCGCGAUAUUAGAUAUUCGAAAAUCCCUGCGUAUUCGCUACGACUCCAAUCGACGCAAGAAACUCAAGGAAGCGGCUCACUAUGUGUUUCGCCGCCCAGACGAUGGGGGGCUGGUGCAAGAACAUGCUCUUGAAGGCUUAGGCUAUCUUGACGCAAUGGAAAUCCAUGGCCUCACUCUUUUUACAGCCGCGAAGCUUUCAGCUGAAUCUGGAACUUGUGAGUCGGGCCUUCUUGAGUUGGCCGAGGAGCUUCACCAAGCGGCAAGCAAGCGCUAUGGUCAAUUUCACAUGGGAUUUCGAGCUCGCAUACUCUUGAACGAACUAGAAACAUAUAAUUCAGAUGUAUCGAGGCCUGUUCAAAUUAUGGCGGUGUUGAAUUCUCUGUUUCCUGCGAUGGUGUUUCUUGAAGAUACCGAAGAUUUUGAUCCUUCACCAUGUACACCCGGGCUACGCGACAGCAUACGAUUCAGCAUUUAUGAGCACCUGAUGGGAGAAAAUCCAUUCUCUAUGAAUGAAAUGAAGGCGCUCGAGACCAGACUCCUUGGCUGGUGCGAUAUCCCAUCCUAUGCCCAGUCUCAUGAAGCCUUGGCACGCUACAUUGAAGAAUCCAAGAAACGCGAAGAAGUCUGCCUCGGUAUUCUCGAUGCGGCCGAAAGACAGCCAAAGCCUAUAUACGUGAUUCAGUCGCCAGAUUCUUCGAUUUCUUCUUUGACCAUUUCCGAACGAUCCAUAACAGAGAUGGCAGACAGCCCGAUCACGCCGACGACAACAGCUAAUGCUGAUGGCCGAAAUGGACCAUCUCGCCCUUGUGGAUCUCCCACUACAAUAGCUUCUACAACAUCAGUCUCCAAAUAUCUUCUAGAAAGCAGAUCUGGACGAGAAAUUUUGCCAUCUCAAACAGAUCUCGCCGCUUUUGCCAGCGAGGAUUGGGAGGGCACGCCAUCGGAGAUACUGGAACCGAUGUCCGCAGACGAGUUUGACCAACAUCCCAUUACCAGAGAUCUUAAUAUCAAGGUCUCUGAAAUGGCCAAUCUGGGACUACUACUCCCUAAGCGACCCGAAACUCGAACAUUUUAUCCCAGUAUCACAGUACUUCGCCACAUGAGAACUGAUGCUUCGCUUCGUGCGAAGAGUACUGAGGAUGUUUUUAUUGGAAGAGUUCAAGAUGAAAAAUAUGCGCCUAUCAAAGGAAAGGAGUCACAUGACGCUAUCUGUAAUUCGCAAGAUAGCCAGCGAACGCUCACCGGAGCAGGAAACAACAAGCUAGACAUUUCGAGCCGCUCUACUCCAAGGUCUCCCGUCAGCCAGUUCUCUCGAAUCAACGAACAUAUUACUCUGCUCGAACAACCACAAGUCCCUGGCUCAAGUCCAAACUCUGAAUCAAAAACUGAAAGCUUUUCUUCCAACACAGGCAAAGGGCGCCAGUUCCACACUCUACCUCCUCUUCGAAGUCUGAGCAUUGUUAGGAAGAAGAGCCAGGAUAAAAUCAAAAGUACCUUCUCUUUAGAAAGAACCAAGAGCCAAAAUUCGUCUACAGUCCUUGCUCGAGCAGGAAACUCUGACACUCGGGCCUUUUCACAGCAACUCGCGCCUUCGAAGGCUCAGAGGGGGGCUACCCAUAGAUCAAAACACACCCCAAUCACUAUUUCCAACUUGUCUUCAACCUUUCAACACCAAGUCACUUCUAUUGAAAGUCCAAAAUCUCCGACCCCUGACAGACAGACCACAAGCGAUACUCCCUCCUCGACUUUUAGAAAGCGCUUUAGAAGGCAUCUCAACACCGUCGCUAACAGACCUCCCAGCCAGCCCACGAAGAACUGGAGCCCCUUCGACGAGCCAGACAGAUCAUCAGAUAUCCCAUGCAGCUCUCCCUGGAUCCUCGGUAAGCCCGAAGACGAGACAGAGCGGGAGAAGCGAGCUGAAUACUUCAGAGAGCAAGCGGAGCAGGAGGCCCAGAGGAGCCCUACACCCAAUCCCCAGAACAGCACCUCCCUCACGGCUUUGACAUCAUCAGUGUCAUCUCCUUCGGUCUCGUCGUAG